AUGGGUUGCUGUCUUAGUUCCUCCCAAUCCUUCAAUUCACCUAACAAAUUCCAUCCCAGUUCCGUCAAUGCGAACAGAGACCCCCCGUCUUCCAUGGAGGAAGAGACCGUCAAAGAAGUGCUCUCUGAAACCCCUGCUCUCAAACCGCCGCCGAACAAGAAUUGUCCACCCGAAGAAGACGAAUUUCACAAACCACUCGGUGAUGAGACCGAGAAGAAGCUUUCUGAAAUUCCCAUUAACGGAAUUCCAGAGCAGCCUUCUGAAUUCUAUGAAAUUUCCCAUAUGAACAAGUGUAUCUCAGUCUCCGCCGCUACUUUCACCGAUCAAGCGGACGGGGGAGGUGAAGUUCAUCAAACGGGUUUGAAAUCAUCGCCAGUGAAGUUGACGAAAAAUCAAUCUGUUUCCAGUGACGUUGAGUUAAAAAGAGAAAUUCCGCAGAGCAGGACACUGACCCGGAGAUCCGACCAGUCACCAGUUCGACGAAAUGGCGCAGUGGGUUCGAUGAGAAUGGUUCAUAACAGAGACAUGAGUCCGGCAAUGGCGCGGCGAGGAUUGAGAGCGGAGCCUCCCCGGAGAGACCCAGAUGAGAAUUCCAGCCGGAGAUCCCAAUCGCCGUCUACCGCUCCUUCCGACAGCGCAGGGUAUAGAUCUGCCCUCAGUCGGACACCGUCAACGAGAAAGUCCGGUAAAUCAUCCCCCAUUAGGGCGAUGACAGCGACAAGUCAAAAAGUAGUAGAAGAAAACAAUAUCGUAGAUGGAAAAUUCAACACUCAGAUUGAAUCACUUGAGAACCCUCUGGUUUCAUUAGAGUGCUUCAUCUUCCUCUGA